AAUGACACGCCUUGUAAAAAAAAUCUGUUUUCAUCUUCAUUAGAAUAACAUGGCUAACUUCAUUUAUGUUAUCACAAGCUUAUAGUUUCUUUAGUAGGUGGAGUGUCUCGUUUAAAGCGAGGGAUUUUAUCUGCUGUGAAUCUAUUUUCCAAAAAUUAUAUAAAUGACAGAUUGCCAGUCUCUUAUAACCAUUGCUUCAUAUUUCCAUAAUUUCUCUAGGAAAAUGUCCGAAGAUAUAUGCAGGUUGUGCUUACAGAAAGGUUCGCAGAACAACUUCAUCAGUCUAAAUUUUGGUCAGCCAUCCAUAAAAUCAAAGCUUUUAACAUUAAUACCUGAAAUGAAUUUGGAUGUUAUUCAAGAUCCUGUUAUCUGUGGUCCAUGUUCAGCUGCUCUAGAAAAUGCAUACCAAUUGAAGGUGAAGUGUUUGAGAUCAGAAGAGAAAAUUUGGGCACAUCUAAAUCGGACAAUGGACAUGAAAUCAUUCAUCUCUCCUGUGAAACUAAUCAACCUUUUGCCCAAUGCAGAUUACUUGAAUCAUGAAGAGAUUAUGGUUGAGCCAAAUUUUAAUUUCUAUCAACACCAGGGAGAUCAUCGAGCUGAUGUAAGGGUAAAUGAAAACAAAUCUUAUCACAGCCUAGAUGCCACAAAGCAGAAUAAUGUAGUUCAUAACAAAGUGGAAUUAAAUAUACCAAAUGCUAAAACAAUCAAUCAAACUAGUAAUUCUUUUGUUUGUUCCACUUGUAAACAAACAUUUCCAUCACAAGAGGAACUGCAUAUUCACAUUCCAAAGCAUUUAGGAACUAGGCCUUACAUGUGUACCUACUGCUACAAGUGUUUUACAUUGAAAAGUAACUUGCAAAUACAUAUUAGAACUCAUACACAGGAUAAACCCUAUGCAUGUGAAUAUUGUUCGAAAAGUUUUACAACAAAAGGUAACUUAAAAACUCACAUUCGUGUUCACACUAAAGAAAAGCCUUAUGUAUGCCAAAUUUGUGAGAAAUCUUUUAUACAAAAAGUACAGCUUAACACUCAUAUGCUCCUACACGAAAAUGAUCAAAUAUUUGCUUGUGAUAUUUGUGAAAAAAAUUUCUCCACUAAGGCUACUCUACAAGUUCAUAAACGAAUUCAUGAUGAUAUAAAGCCAUAUGUUUGUGACUAUUGUAGUAAAUCCUUCACAACCAAUGGUAAUUUACAAAUACAUGUAAGAAAACACACUGGUGAAAAACCUUAUGUAUGCAAUUGUAGCAGAUCAUUUACUCAAUUAGGACAACUCAAAAAACAUCAACUAACUCAUGAAACUAAUGGAGACUUUCAAGGUUUAUUGGAGAAACAUCAGGAAUUAAUUGUAGACAAGUAAUUCUUAAUAAUUCAGUAUAAUAUCAGUUAUCUAUUAUACACAACUCUAGUCAAAAUCUAUACUUUCAAUUAACAUUGUUUUUUGAAUUAAGUAGAUCUCAGUGUAUGUAUAAUCAAGACGCAAGAAAUCUUCAUAAAUUCUAGCGUCUUUCAUGUCAAUGAUUAUAUAUAUAUUCCAUUACAUACAAAAAUUUGUUUGUACAUACUAUUAUAUAUCAUUUUUAUUUAUAUAUUAUUAUUUAAUUGGGCAAUCUCAAUAAGAUAUUGCUUAUUGCAA